GUUAGACUUUGCUGCUCUGGGAGUAUUCGAAGCCUUUAUUACGCCAAAUUGCGUCAGGCCACAAUGGCACUUGCGUCCGCCGUUAUCUAAUCAACCUCCGCUAUCACCUGCGGUGGGUCACCUCCCCUCCGAUCGCCACACUCAAGUCUGACUACGUGCUCCCCGCGCUCGACACGUCCUCGGCUAUCCUGCGCCUGGGUCCUGCGCCCUCGGCACCUCCCGCCAUGGAAUGGUCGCGAAUGCGAUCGAUAAAAGGCAGUUCCCACCUCCGUGUCGUGCGCGACAGCGAUGCGCGAUGGAAGAGCGUCAAUGGGCUGCGAUAAUGGACUGAUUGCGUGCUGCUUGCUACCCUUUGCAAAUUCCCCGCGCUCGACACCCGGCGGCAUAUAAGGGACGCGACCGCCCCCGACAUGCCCAACGCCAAGCGCCCCACGUCCUCGACCCCUUUCCCCGAGCCCCACAUACGAACGCGUUGAACAACUCGAAGAUGGUCGCUGCACCCAACUCCCCGAUCACCACCGCGAAGCCGGUCGCGGUCGACUAUGACAACCUCGCGGGAUCGCUGAGCGCGUACAAGCACGUCGACCUCACGCCGCACAUUGGGACGAAGUUCCCGGACCACAGCGUGCAGCUCUCGCAGAUCCUGAAGGCGCCGAACGCGGACGAGCAGCUUCGCGACCUCGCUGUGCUCGUCUCGCACCGUGGCGUCGUGUUCUUCUCGAACCAGGACAUCACGAUUGAAGAGCAGAAGGUGCUCGGGCAGAAGCUUGGCGAGCUCACCGGCAAGCCCCAGACGUCGAAGCUGCACCUGCACCCCAUCAGCGAGGUGAAGAGCGAGCUGGGCGCGGAGGUGUCGGUGAUCGACUCGAAGAUGGGCAUCGCGCGCGCCGGGCUCAGGCAGGAGAAGGAGCGCGCGAGCAAGGGCUGGCACGCAGACAUUACCUUCGAGAACAUCCCCUCCGACUAUGCUAUCCUGAAGAUGCACACCCUCCCGAAGGUUGGCGGCGAUACCCUGUGGGCGAGCGCAUACGAAGCAUACGACCGCCUCUCCCCUGCCUACCGCAAGUUCCUCGAGGGCUUGACUGCUAUCCACAAUGCGGACUUCUUCAACGAGUACGCUCGCGUUCACGGCCUCCCCAUCAACGAGCUUCGUGGCGCACCCGACAACAAGGGCUCCGACCUCACCGCUAUCCACCCUGUCAUCCGCACGAACCCCGUCACUGGCUUCAAGGGCUUGUUCGUGAACCCGAACUUCACCAAGCGCAUCGUCGAGCUCAGCCUCGACGAGUCCAACGACGUGCUCGCCUUCCUUGCGCGCCACGUCUCCGAGAACCACGAUCUCCAGGUGCGCUUCACCUGGUCGCUCAACGACCUCGCGAUCUGGGACAACCGCUCGACGUUCCACACCGCGACGAACGACUACAACAACGACGACAAGCGGCAGGGGAACCGCGUUGUCAGCCUCGGCGAGCGUCCGUUUUUCGACCCCGAGAGCAAGUCGCGGCGGGAGGCGUUGGGGAUUACGUGGUGAAUAUGAAUGGCAUGUCGGCCUGAAUGGCCGCCUAUGAAAAUGACUUCGAAGGCGAAAGACGGAGUGUAUCACUAUUAUUAUUGACUUGCAUCACGACAUGUACUAUGCUUUGUGGAAAAUUGGAUUUCAUGUUUAUCUGUC